AUUCGCGUUUGCUAAAAAAGUGGUAACUACGUAAACUUUUCGUAUCGUGACAGUAUUGACGAUAAAUCCGUGAAAAAUUAAAUCUACAGUAUAUCUUAACGCAAACCCCUUGAAUACAUGCAUGUGCAUAGUGUCUUCGUUUUCAUUUUCAAGUACUAGCACUGAUGCAGCCAAAACGAAAACAAACGUUCAAGAAACGAUUAGUCUUAUCUAGUUUCGUCAACGGCCUGUUAAAGGUACCUCCGUCCUUGCUCUUGGCAAUUGGUAGCGCAAUGUUAUAUAGUAGUGCGUUCUUUCGAGCAUAACGACUGUUUCACAGAUCACAGCAUUGGCAUUCAAGACGUUUUUCAUUGGUUGUUACAACCAGUCUUUACUUAAUUUCUACGUUUAUGACUAGCAAACGUCAGAUGAAACUAGCACCUUUCACUGAAGAUGAACAGGCAUUGGAAACAUUGAAGUUCUGUGACUAUUCAAUUAAAAUCUCCAAGGAAAUGGCUAUCAGUGGAACAGCCCCCAGACUUAUUCGAGUGUACACAGAUGGGAUAUAUGACCUGUUUCACCCUGGACAUGCAAGACAACUAAUGCAAGCCAAAUAUCUAUUUCCCAAUGUCUACCUCAUAGUCGGAGUGUGUAGCGACAAAAAGACCAAAGAGAAUAAAGGUCGGACAGUUAUGGAUGAAAACGAGCGCUAUGAAGUGGUCAGGCAUUGUCGUCAUGUGGAUGAAGUUGUUCUUGACGCCCCUUGGACGUUGGAUGACGAGUUUUUGAACAGACACAAGAUCGACUUCGUCGCUCAUGAUGAUGCCCCGUACGCAGCGGGAAGUAAUGACGACAUUUACGCGCACAUCAAAACAAAGGGCAUGUUCGUUGCUACCCAACGCACAGGUCGGUUCCAGAGUAGAAGACUUAGUUUAGUAGCAAACUACGGAAUAAAUUACUCACAGCCUACUCUUCUCCUAGAUAUCGUUUCCACUUCGGACAUAGUGGCGCGUAUUGUAAAAGAUUAUGACGUUUACGCAAGGCGAAAUUUGGCACGUGGAUACUCAGCAGAACAGCUCAACCUUAACUUGAUCGAUCAAACAAAGUAUUUAGUUGAAGAUGAACUGGAAAAAGUUAAGGAAAAAUUGAAUGGAUGCCUUGAGUACUGGAAAAAGAAGUCAAAGGAUUUCGUAGGCAAUUUUAUCACCUAUCAUUUGGAGACGCCAAAUCCUGUUGAAAGUAAAGUAGCUGAAGAGGAUACCAAGCCCUAAACCAAUACCUGGAUAGCAUUGAUUUGUUUUCUUGAUUGUUUUUAACUUCCCAGUCUGAGCUUGCAAUACAAUGUAGUUUUGUAGUUUUAAAA